UCGGCCUCUCGCGCCCCCGCGCACGCCCGGGCGUUUCGGAGCCCCUGUCGUUGGGCCCCAGCCCCGGGUCUCCGACCGUGCGCAAGGCAAGAUGUUGAGGCGCAGCUUGGAAAACCGGGAUAUUCAAACCAGACAACUGCAAGAUGCUGUCACAAAUGUGGAGAAGCACUUUGGAGAGCUGUGCCAAAUCUUUGCUGCUUAUGUGCGGAAAACUGCCAGACUGCGAGACAAAGCAGACCUCCUGGUGAAUGAAGUCAACGUGUAUGCCUCUACAGAGACCCCGAAGUUAAAGCAGGGCCUGAAAACCUUUGCUGACGAGUUUGCCAAACUUCAGGAUUAUCGACAAGCAGAGGUUGAAAGACUUGAAGCCAAAGUAGUUGAACCUUUGAAAGCUUAUGGAACCAUUGUAAAAAUGAAACGAGAUGACCUCAAAGCAACAUUAACAGCAAGGAAUCGAGAAGCUAAACAGUUAACUCAGUUAGAAAGAACACGUCAGAGAAACCCAUCUGAUCGACAUGUUAUUUCACAGGCAGAAACUGAAUUACAAAGGGCCACAAUGGAUGCUGCUCGAACAACUCGCCAUCUGGAGGAGACUAUUGACAGCUUUGAAAAGCAGAAAAUAAAGGAUAUAAAGACUAUAUUUUCAGAAUUUAUCACUAUCGAAAUGUUAUUUCAUGGCAAAGCUUUAGAGGUCUACACUGCUGCCUACCAAAAUAUACAAAAGAUUGAUGAAGAAGAAGAUAUAGAGGUUUUCCGAAAUUCUCUGUAUCCACCAGAUUAUUCAUCCCGUUUAGAUAUCGUAAGAGCAAAUUCAAAGUCACCUCUUCAGAGAUCACUGUCAGCUAAGUGUGUAUCUGGAACAGGACAGGUAUCCACCUGUCGACUAAGAAAGGAUCAACAAAUAGAAGAUGAUGAAGAGGAUGAAGACUUAGAUGUUACAGAAGACGAAAAUUAAAUUUCUUAAGUAAACUGUGCAUUUCCAUUUUCCUCUUAAAUGACUUGGAAUCCAGAAUGACUGAAACUGUAAAACUUUAUACUGGCUGGAAAUCCUACUGGAAAUGGAGAAAUUAUUAAAGGAAAUGUAUGCUGACCAAAAAUGAAGGUUUUAAAAAAUAUUACACACCAGUCAUUUCAACAUUCUGUCUAGCAGCAUGUGAUCUUUUUGUAUAAGUUCCAUUUUUUUAAAAAGAUUAUGUAUGUCAGAAGUAUUUCAUAUUAAUGCAUUAUACCUAGUUGAGGUUACACUAGUUAAAUAGAUAACAACAACAAAAAAAAUCUAACAAUUCCACUUGCUUCCUUUAGGUUAAGACACCAUGCUUUCAAUACCAGGAAAGGGUCCUAGAUAGUCAUUCUGAUGAAAUACAAAUUCUGUUCCAUAAAGCUUUAAUCAAAAAGCCAAGUUUUCUUUUUUUACUUUUUUUUCACUUCUACUACAACCUGAAGUUUCACCAUUCAAUAUAUAAAUUUACUUUUCAACGAGAGUAUUAUAGUCACUCUUAACAAUAAUAGGACACUAGGAUAUUGGUGUUUUACAACUAUACAUAAAGCAUAAAUUUUAGCUUUAGAAAGCUACAUUCAGCUUGAUUCUGGUUUUAAAACGAAGCCACUGUCAUACUAAAGCGCUAUAUAUGGCACUACAUCUUUUGCAAAGCUAUGAUUUGGUGGAAUGUUGCCCUAAAAAACAUGGAAAGCCAUAAAUCAGUAAAAAUUCUAUAAAAGUUUUACCAGAUUACCAUCUAAUCAAUAAAAGAGUGUACAGUCACUCUGGUUCCUGAAAAUAUAAAACAAUUUAAUCAGAGCCUUUCAGUAUGUCUGAUGCUUUUAUUCUUUGGAUGGGGAAUUGUACUUCUGUUGUUUCAUAGAUCCCAGUCAGGCAUAUAAAAAUUAGGAAAUGAUCAUUUGGGAUUACCACAAAAAGAUAACAGAAAAAUAAAACUUUCCAGAAAGCUUUUUUGA